AUGAAUGUUAUAUUUGAAUCACAAAUUGGAGAAAUUAAGUCGGGUUCAUUAACAUCAAAUUUUACGCGAUCGGAAUUUAUGUCGCUUGCCCAGAGAUUAUUCGGAUCAAUAAACGGCAUGAAAUUUUUAAUUAAAGGCAAACAAAUCAAACUAGAAAAUGAUAAUGACUUCAAUCGUUACAAAAAUUAUUUUUCUAAUGAUUGUGUUAUCAAAACGGCUAAAGCAAUGAUUUCUGGUUAUCCACCACUUAAUCAACUGAUUAGUGAAAUUUCUCUAGAAGCUGCAGCAGCGUUCAGCACAGUAAAUAAAACUAGUAGCAAUGUUCAAUGCUCGACCUGCAUGGAAUCAAAACUAUGUAUUCAAUUCAGCUGUUCUGAAUGCUCAAAAUCGAACAUUCUAUGUGCUACAUGUGCCUACCGAAACUUUAAAACAAAUGAUUUGACUUUCAUGUGUAUAUCAUGUAACAAAAAGGUUGACUACAAUCGUAUUUUUACUAAUUCACAAUCGUUUAAAAGAAAAUAUUCUACUUUGCAAGAUAUGUAUGAUAUGUGCAGGAAUAUUGAUUGCCAAAUUUGUCGUUGUGGUGAAUUCCAUGUAAAUGAGACUCUGUUUAGCAAGCAAAGUUGUUCACGAUGUGCCCGAUGGUUUUGUUUUUUUUGCAACAAGACAUGGGACGAUACUCUGAUGACUAACAAUAAAUACACAUGUCACAAUAACUGUACUUAUGAAAAUGCUACAACCUACGAAGAAGUUCCAAUCAAUCAUAGUACCAAAAUUCGAGAAACACUGCCGAAUCGUCGAACGUGUCCUGAGUGUAAAACCCUCGGUUGUUAUGGAGGCGCUUCCAAAAUGCACACUUGUCUGAAUUGCAGACAUCAAUUUUGUUUCAUAUGUUUGCGACCACAAUCUAAGUGUUCAUACAAUUCGGACAAGGAAUGCAAACUUCUUUCGCAAACAUACGGUAUAUUUCCGAAAUCAACAGAUUAA